AUGGCUUACGUGUUGACUGAGACUGCCGCAGGUUACGCCCUCUUGAAGGCGGCAGACAAGAAGAUACAUAAGUCCUCUUCUAUCCUUGAAGACUUGAACUCUGCCGAGAAAGUUGCCAACCAGUUCAAGAUCCACCGUUUUGAAAAAUUCCAGUCCGCUGCCAAUGCUUUGGAGGAGGCCAACGCUGUCAUUGAGGGUAAGGUUUCUGACAACUUGAAGAAGCUUUUGGAGGAUGUUAAGCUUGAAAAGAAAGCCACUUUGGUUGUUUCCGAGGCCAAGUUGGGUAACGCUAUCAACAAGUUGGGUUUGAACUACUCUGUUGUCUCCGAUGCUGCCUCUUUGGACUUGCACAGAGCUAUCAGAGAAUUCUUGCCAGAGCUUUUACCAGGUUUGGAUGACACUGUCUUGAAGCAAAUGUCCUUGGGUUUGGCCCACUCUAUUGGUAGACACAAGUUGAAGUUCAGUGCCGACAAGGUCGACACUAUGAUUGUGCAAGCCAUUGCUCUUUUGGACGACUUGGACAAGGAGCUCAAUACCUACGCCAUGAGAUGUAAGGAAUGGUAUGGUUGGCAUUUCCCGGAGUUGGCUAAGCUUAUAACCGACUCCGUUGCCUACGCCAGAAUCAUUUUGACCAUGGGUGUCAGAUCUAAGGCUGCUGAGACUGAUCUCUCUGAGAUUUUGCCUGAGGAGGCUGAGGAGCAAGUUAAGGCUGCUGCUGAGGUUUCUAUGGGUACCGAGAUCACCGAGAACGAUCUUGACAACAUCAAGUCUUUGGCUGACCAAAUCGUUGACUUUGCCGCAUACAGAGAGCAAUUGUCUAACUAUUUGUCUUCUAGAAUGAAGGCCAUUGCUCCUAACUUGACUGCUUUGGUCGGUGAGUUGGUUGGUGCUAGAUUGAUUGCCCACGCUGGUUCUUUGACCUCUUUGGCCAAGGCCCCUGCCUCUACCAUUCAAAUUUUGGGUGCUGAGAAGGCUUUGUUCAGAGCUUUGAAGACUAAGCAUGACACACCAAAGUACGGUUUGUUGUACCAUGCCUCUUUGGUUGGUCAAGCUUCUGGUAAGAACAAGGGUAAAAUCGCUAGAGUUCUUGCUGCCAAGGCUGCCGUUGCCUUGAGAUACGACUCUUUGGCUGAGGAGAGAGACGACUCUGGUGACUUCGGUUUGGAGGUCAGAGCUAAGGUUGAGUCCAGAUUGAGUGCUUUGGAGGGUCGUGACUUGAGAACUACCACCAAGGUUGUCAGAGAGAACAAGAAGAUUGACAUCACAGAGGCUAGAGCUUACAACGCCGACGGAGAUGCCACUGCCCCAAUGGAGCAAACUCCAGAGGCUGACUCCGACGAUGAGUCUGAUGAAGAAUCCGAGGAGACUCCAAAGAAGAGAAAGAGAGACGACGAAGACGAGGAGAAGAGCUCUAAGAAGUCCAAGAAAGACAAGAAGGAGAAGAAGGACAAGAAGGAAAAGAAGGAGAAGAAGGAGAAGAAAGAAAAGAAAGAAAAGAAGGAGAAGAAAGACAAGAAGGAGAAGAAGGAGAAGAAAUAA